AUGGCACAGCUGAAAACGUAUGGGGAGAAAUUCCGGGACGCCGACGCGGAAAUCGAGGAGUUAACGACGAAAAUGAGGGCAUUGGAAAAGUACAAGAGAUUGUUUGAAGAAAAGGAAGACGAACUGCAGAAUUUGAUCGCUGAAAAUACCAGCGAUCGACGAGCUCGACAAUUGGAUGCGGAAAAGAAAGAACAACAAUAUUUGGAAGAUUUCCGCCAACAGGAGGAGGCAAUGAGGGAUUUAAAGGAGAAAUUGGACUCCUCCGAGCAAUUGCACAUCGAACAAAUGCAAUUGAUGGAGAUGGAAAGGAAAAAGGAAAGAGAAGCAAGGGAUUCACUUCAAGAGCAAAUCAAGAAACUCGAGGCCUUCAACAUGCAAUUGAAGCAAAUGAAAGACAAUAUAAAAGAGGGAGAGACACUUGAAACGGCAAGAUUGAUCGACGAGAAUACCGCUCUUCGACGUCAAGUCACCGAUUUACAAGAACGGGAACACAUUUUACAGACGCAUCUCUUUGAUCAUCAACAUCUCAUCGGCGAGCUGCGCAAAGAGAUUCUCGCCCUCGAGGAGCAAUGCCAAAAAUUCGAGACGUGGAAUCCCUCACGCAACACCAUCGCUCAACCACAUCUCAAAGAAUCCUAUUUCCUCGAGACGAACUCCCCGAACUCUGAGGCGAUUCUCCGCGGGAAUGCAAUGGUGAAACACGAGCCAAUCACUCCAAAACAUCAU